UGGUACUAAAGUAUUGUCACGUGGUCUAGCAUUCCACCAUGUUCCUUAUCGUUCACCGCAAAGUUAUGGCUCGCCGAGCGGUUGAAGUCUCCAAGCAAAUGUUUGCUUUACACCGAGUCUGAGCGAAAACACAACUUAACCAUGACAUGAUGGCUCGACUAUAGAUCGAGUUAUCCCUUGAAUACUACACCAGAAGCGAGAUGUUUGGGCGAAGUCUGGGCAGCAAGUUCCCAUGUAUUGUUGUGUUGAUUGUGUUUGGUAUUAUAGAAGUACAAAUUUUGGAUCUCACCAAAUCUCGGACAGGACUUCGUAAGAAUUUUAAACCCAACUCAGAUGAAUCAAAUUUACAAAAUGAAGAUAAAAGAAACAUCUUGGUGGUUGGAGAUGAAAGUAACGAGAGACCAAUGUUAACAAAGACUGCAUUUGGUGCCCAGUCUGUGUUUGACAACACUGUCAUCAUAUACAACAGGGUUCCCAAGACAGCAAGCACAAGCUUCAUGGGUGUGGUGUAUGACUUGAGCGAGCAGAAUAAUUAUCACACCAUCCACCUCAAUGUUACAAAGAAUUCCCAUGUUAUGUCUGUAACAGACCAACUAAGAUUUGCUCAUAAUAUAACCCAAUGGAGCGAGCGUUUACCAGCCUUCUACCAUGGACAUGUGCAGUACAUAGAAUUCCAGAGUCUUGGUGUCACUAAACCUGUGAUUUAUAUCAAUGUGAUACGCAAGCCUUUGGACCGGCUGGUAUCUUAUUACUAUUUUCUGAGGUUUGGAGAUACAUUUAGGCCACAUAAGCGACGUUCACGCCAGGGUAACAAGGAGACAUUUGACGAGUGUCUCUCAAGAGGACAUAAAGACUGUCAGCCUGAGAAGCUAUGGUUGCAGGUUCCAUUCUUCUGUGGGCACGCACCUCAAUGCCAGUCGCCAGGAAACAAAUGGGCGCUAGAGCAAGCUAAGCGGCACCUUGUGGAGAAGUACUUGCUUGUUGGUUUGACAGAACAGCUGGAAGAUUUUAUCACUAUUUUGGAAACAGCACUACCAAGAUUUUUUAAAGGAGCAACAAAUAGAUUCCAAACUGGAAACAAGUCACACCUGCGAAAAACAGCAUCAAAACAGCCGCUGCAACAACAGACUUUAGACUUCUUUUACAAAAACAAAAUAUGGAAAAUGGAAAAUGAAUUUUACGAGUUUGCAAGAAAAGUGUUCAAUGGUGUGAAAAAGAAAACUCUAAUUGUCAACCAAGAUGGCUCUGUGACUUCAUCAGUAGAGUUCUUCUAUGAAAAAAUCCGUCCAAGAAGCACGACUUGAUUUUAUUCUUCUGUACAUUGUUUGCACAUGGUGCCAUCUUGUGUGUGAUGGUCAUGUGAUUAGAGACUGUAAAUAGCAGUUGUUCCUGUUAGAGGUAUUCUGCAAAUAGGAUGCUAGAGAAGAUAAACAGGAAGUAAGCAAG